AUGGUCUCCUCCGACGUGACGUCGUUAUUCACGUCCAUCACACCAAACUUGGCCCGCGAAUUCUUGCGCAGGAGACUUGAAGAGGUGUAUGACGAGACUCAGAAUGCCCUCAAAAUUGAACACAUCAUAAGGCUGUUUGAAUUCUGCCAACACACUUUCUUCACUUUCGCUGGAGAGACCUAUGAACAAAUCAAGGGAACUCCAAUGGGCUCGCCGGUCUCCGGUUUAGUGGCAGAACUGGUCCUACAGGAGGUAGAAAAGGUGGCCUUCAUACAACACUGUCAGAUAAAGUUUUGGAUGAACCUUGCCGAACGACCUGCAAAACCCACCACACUAACCGCCGAAAAAAAACGUUGUGCCUCAAAGUCCCCUUCCAAGGAGACGCUGCAGGUGAACUCCUAA